AUGUCGGCAAUGAAUGAGUGUAUGGCUCUUGGUUCGCCGCCGACAAAUCCAGAGCGACGCAGUCGCAAUGCAAAUUUGCUGCCCACCUUUGCUGAAGAAGACGACAUUUUGGCUGAUGGAACCUUUGUGAGGAAAGGCACGAGGGUAACCUAUCAUCCCUAUGCAAUGGGUCGGAUGGAGCGGGUUUGGGGCUCCGAUUGUCUUGAAUACAAGCCAGACAGAUGGUUGAAAAACGGUAUAUAUAUUCCCGAAAACCCAUACAAGUACCCAGUUUUCCAAGCUGGGCCAAGGGUCUGUUUAGGGAAGGAAAUGGCAUUGGUAGAGAUGAAAUGUGUGGUUCUAGCCAUAAUCGGUCGGUUCAAUAUCCGGGUUGCCACCGAUCCGAAUCAGGCACCAAGGUUUGCCCCUGGUCUCACCGCCACCGUGAGAGGUGGGUUACCAAUUCUAGUGCAAGAAAGGGAAGCUAAUUAA